UGUAAAUACUGCCACGCACUUCCUCACAAAACUUUCUCAACUGUGCUGCACGAGAGAAGCUCGACGAGGCCAACAGGGAGGCCGGUCUCUUUCCUAAACAUCACUGCAGAAGGUCUUUCUGACGUUAAAACAUGCCUCUGCGGCUGGACAUCAAGCGGAAGCUCACAGCACGCUCAGACCGGGUGAAGAGUGUGGAUCUGCACCCCACCGAGCCAUGGAUGGUGGUCAGUCUGUACAGCGGCACUGUGGUGGUCUGGAACCACGAGUCACAGACGAUGGUGAAAACCUUUGAGCUGUGCGACCUCCCCGUCAGAGUGGCCAAGUUUGUCGCCAGGAAGCACUGGGUCAUCACUGGAGCGGAUGACAUGCUGAUCCGUGUGUUCAAUUACAACACACUGGAGCGCGUCCACAUGUUCGAGGCGCACUCCGACUACAUCCGCUGUAUAGCUGUGCACCCUACACAGCCUUACAUCCUCACCAGCAGUGAUGACAUGUUGAUCAAGCUGUGGGACUGGGAGAGGAAGUGGUCGUGUAGUCAGGUCUUUGAGGGACAUACUCACUACGUCAUGGAGAUCGUCAUCAACCCCAAGGACAACAACCAGUUUGCCAGUGCUUCUCUGGAUCGAACCAUAAAGGUGUGGCAGCUGGGCUCCAAGACCCCCAACUUCACUCUGGAGGGCCACGAGAAGGGGGUGAACUGUAUUGAUUACUACAGCGGAGGAGAUAAACCGUACCUCAUAUCAGGAGCCGACGACCGCCUGGUCAAGAUCUGGGACUAUCAGAACAAAACGUGUGUUCAGACUCUGGAGGGUCACGCUCAGAAUGUGACCUGUGUCCGUUUCCACCCAGCGCUACCGAUCAUCCUCACAGGCUCUGAAGACGGCACAGUCAGAGUGUGGCACUCCAACACCUACCGACUGGAGAACACACUGAACUAUGGCAUGGAGAGAGUGUGGUGUAUCUGUGGCCAGCCAGGAUCCAACAGUGUGGCUUUGGGCUAUGAUGAAGGCAGCAUCAUCAUCAAGCUGGGUCGGGAGGAGCCAGCCAUGUCCAUGGACUCCAGCGGGAAGGUCAUGUGGGCGCGCCACUCCGAGGUGCAGCAGGCCAACCUGAAGGCUAUGGGAGACGCUGAGAUCAGGGACGGGGAGAGGCUCUCGCUGGGUAUCAAAGACAUGGGCAGCUGUGAGAUCUACCCUCAGACCAUCGAACACAGCCCCAACGGGAGAUUUGUAGUGGUGUGUGGAGACGGGGAGUAUAUCAUCUACACCGCCAUGGCCCUCAGGAACAAGAGCUUCGGCUCGGCUCAAGAGUUUGUCUGGGCUCACGACUCCUCACAGUACAGCACCAGGGAAGGCAACAACAUGGUGAAAAUAUUCAAGAACUUCAAAGAGAAGAAGGCUUUUAAACCUGACUUUGGAGCUGAGAAUAUCUUUGGCGGAUUCCUGCUGGGAGUGAGGUCAAACAGCGGCCUGGCCUUCUACGACUGGGAAAGUUCUGAACUAGUCCGACGCAUCGAGAUCCAACCUAAACACAUCUUCUGGUCUGACUCAGGGGAGCUUUGUUGUAUCGCUACAAGCGAGUCUUUCUUCGUGUUGCGCUACCUCCCUGAGAAAGUGGCAGCAGCACAGGAGUCCAAGGAACAGAUCACAGAGGACGGGAUAGAGGACGCCUUUGAGGUGCAAGGCGAGGUCUCAGAGGUGGUGAAAACAGGAGUGUGGGUGGGAGACUGCUUCAUCUUCACUAGCUCUCUUAACAGACUUAACUACUAUGUUGGGGGAGAGAUCAUCACCAUAGCUCACCUUGACAGGACAAUGUAUCUGCUCGGCUACAUCCCUAAAGACGAUCGUCUCUACCUUGGAGACAAGGAGCUGAACGUCAUCAGCUACUCCCUGCUGCUUUCAGUGCUGGAAUACCAGACGGCUGUCAUGAGGAGGGACUUCAACACAGCCGAUAAGGUUCUACCCACAAUCCCCAAGGAGCAGAGGAUCAGGGUUGCUCACUUUUUGGAGAAACAAGGCUUCAAACAGCAGGCACUGGCUGUCUCCACCGACCCAGAACACAAGUUUGAGCUGGCGCUGCAGCUGGGAGAGGUCAAGAUAGCCUACCAGCUGGCCUUGGAGGCAGAGUCGGAGCAGAAAUGGAAGCAGUUGGCAGAGCUGGCCACGACAAAGUGCCAGUUUAGCCUUGCCCAGGAGUGUCUGCACCAAGCUCAGGAUUACGGGGGAUUAUUGCUGUUGGCCACCGCCUCGGGCAACGCCAACAUGGUGGGAAAACUGGCUGAGGGGGCAGAGAAGGACGGGAAGACCAACGUGGCCUUCCUCACCUACUUCAUGCAGGGAAGAUUGGAAAAAUGCCUCGAGCUGCUCAUCAAAACAGACCGGCUGCCAGAAGCUGCAUUUUUGGCACGAACAUAUCUGCCCAGCCAUGUGACAAGGGUGGUGAAGCUGUGGAAGGAGAGUCUGUCCAAGGUGAACCAGAAGGCAGCAGAUGCUCUGGCUGACCCCAUCCAGUACAGCAACCUGUUCCCAGGCCUCCAGCAAGCCCUGCUGGCUGAGCAGUACCUGAAGGAGACUCAUGUCGGGGUCAGGCCUGCUGCAGAAUACCCGCUCAUCAUGCCGAAUGAGGAUCGUAAUGUUCUGGAGGAAUCUGCAAAAUAUGUGCCCAAAGGAGAGAUCCCUGUACUAGAGGACGCAGCGGCCAACGUGGAUGAAAGCGUCAUGGUCGCUCCAGUGACAGAGGAGAUACCUGCAACAACAGCAGCAGUCACAGAGGUGAUAUCUGCAACAGUAGCAGCGGUGACAGAAGCUUCAGCUCCAGAAACAGCAGAGGUGACUUCUACUGAGACUGUGGUGGAAACAGAGGACGCUCCAGAAGAACCAGCAGAAGUGGAAGAACCAAUAAUUGAUAUUCCAGUAAAACAAGAGAGUGUUGAUCUUGUUUUAGCAACAGAAGAAUCCAUCCCUGCAGCAGAGUCCUCUCUACCUGUCACUGUAACAGAGGAGCAUAUUGAAGCAAAACAAGCAGAAUCUGUGUCCCCUGAAGAGGACACCAUCGCUGCAUUAGAGGAGGCGUCUGUCCCUGUAGAGGAAGACAUACUGGAGUCCAUCGCCCCCAAAGAGCCAGAGAUGGUACAAUCCAGUCUUGUGGAUGUGGGAUCAUUAGUUGAGAAGGAUGUUCAGGAAGUUUCUGCAGCAGCUGAUGUCUGUGUUUCAGAAACAUCUAUCAUUGAGACAACAACAGAAACCGUGUUAGCUACAGAAGAAACAGAAAAUAAGACAGCGGCAACAACAGAAAUCAUUGCAACAGAGGACCUCCUGGUGAGCACUGGUCUCAUAGAGGGUACAGACAGACUAGAAGCAGACAAGCCUGUGGAUGAAGAGACGGAAAUCAACACCACAGAAGAACCAACCCUCAUAGAUAUAGCAGCAGAGGAGACUCCAGUAACAGAGGAACCUGUUUCAGAAACACAACCAUCAGCUGUCGCUACAGAUGAGCUCAUCAGCUUUGACUUCACUGACAGUUCAGACCUGGAUCCGCCCGUCCAGGUCCAAACGCUUCCAGAUUUGUCUCUUGAUCCACUACAGAACCUUCUCCAAGACACAAUGCCAGUAAUGAUGCCAGUCUCAGCACAGGAACCAGAAAAGGAAGACGACACAGCACUCCUAGUCACGCUCAAGGAGCCUGUUGUUCCUCUGCAGGCUGAGCCAGAGGUUUUAACUCCAGCAGCAGCUCCUGCAGAGAAGAAGGAAGAGAAGGCGGGUCCUGAGGGAGCUGAGGAGCCGGCAGAGGACCUCGAGGACGAGAUGGUCGAUGAUGCCCUGGAUGAUCUGGAUCUGGACAAUUUCGACCUGGAAGACAUCGACACCACAGACGUCAACCUGGAUGAUGAUUUCUUGAGUGAAUAGGAAAAGAGAAUCUUCCUCACGUCAAUCUCCAGUUUUUUAAAAGACCAAAAAACCCAAAGAGUUGUUUACAAAGAAGUCGACAGACUAAAUGACUGUUAUUUCAUGGUACUGUAGGACCAAGCUGUUUAAAAUGUAAACCUCCAGCAAAGCAGGUUUGACCUCAGAUAGAACCACAGCCUGAAAGAACCAGUCUGACCAAUCCAAGCUGUCAUUUGAAACCUUACUGGGAACAUUAAUUCAAGUUUGAAAGGGAUUUAUGCUAAAGGGAAAAUAAAGAAGAGUAAUGAAGGUGUGUUAGCGCGUGAUUUGGGAGUGUUGAAUCGUCGCCUGUGACUUCACGUGGAGUCUCAGGCAAGUUAAAGAAGGUGUUUAAGGGUAUGUCUUAAUUCCAUGGGCUACAUCCUUUACCCACUGAAAACUAAGACUCAGUCCCCCUCUGCAUCUCAUAUCUCAACAUAGUGUUAUCAUCCAUUUUGAGGACUAUCACAGUUCUUUUUCUCAAACAUUCCUGCAGGAUUAAAGAAGUAUUUCUGAUUUUGAUCAAGUAAAAGGCUGCCUGUGUCCAGAAAUGUUGAACAAGCCAAAGGUUUUUAAAAGAUUCAUCGAAUCCCCAGUUUUGGUUACUUUCAGUAUCUUUCACUGCGUUUCUGUUUAGAUGUCUAAUAGUUUGUUGCGUAUUUACUCCACACAGCCAACAUCAACACUGUUUCUGGAUUAUCAGGAACACUGAAAACUUCAGUUUGUUUCUGUUACAAGUGCCUCAUGUGUUGUUUUCUAAAAGGAUGGAUGGUACUGUGUAUCUCGACUUGAUAAAGUAAAUAAAAUAAGCUGAUAUCCAUGA